AUGGCCUUUGUAUCGGUAGCCAACACAAACAAAGGUAUGGAUGACUCCAGGAGAAGCAUGGGAAUCUCAGAAGAUGGGAAUCUUGUGGUGUUGGAUGGAGAGAAGACAGUAGUAUGGUCUAGUUCUAAAUCUAAUAUUUCGAAUUCUUCUCUUGCAACUGCAAAUACUACUGCUCAACUCCUGGAUACUGGAAACUUGGUGUUGAAAGAUAGCUCAAGUGGGAGAUAUUUAUGGGAAAGUUUUGGUGAUAACACUGAUACUUUUCUGGAGAACAUGAAACUUGGCAAUGGUGCGAGUAUUGGUAUAACGAGGGAGUUGAGAUCGUGGAAAAGUCCAUGGGAUCCAUCUCCGGGGACUUUUUCUUCGUCUUCGACAUCAAAACAUUCUAGAGGGAGAAGAAGAAAAGAAGAAGCAUCGAUUGAGAUAGGAACUGGAAGAAUGGAGAGUUCUGUGUGUGUUAUUACAUAA